AGAGGCCACCAAUGAAAACGUGAGGUGGGUUCACCGCCCCUUCCGUGUGCGCGCUCCCCACGAGGUCCUUGUUCCUGGGAGGAUGGACCUAAGAUUCCCAACCGCCUGCGAAGCCCAAGCUGCCGCGUAGGUGCACGCGUUCGGGCCCUCUUCUCCCACCUGUUCGACUCCCCACCCCCAAGAUGUCAACCUCAGUCCCUCAAGGCCAUACCUGGACCCGACCUGUGAAGAAAGAAGAGGAGGAGGAGGACCCGCUGGACCAGCUGAUCUCCCGCUCUGGCUGUGCUGCCUCCCACUUUGCAGUGCAGGAGUGCAUGGCCCAGCACCAGGACUGGCGGCAGUGCCAGCCACAGGUGCAGGCCUUCAAGGACUGCAUGAAUGCACAGCAGGCGAGGCGGCAAGAGGAACUGCAGAGGAGGAAAGAACAAGCCAGUGCCCACCACUGAGACCCCAUACCACCUAUCCCCAGUAGAUGGCCCUGCCAAAACCAGCAACCAGAGAGAUCAUAAAGGAAGAAAUUCUGAAUGGUGGGUGUGGGAGGUGUAAAACAUGCGGAUAGUUUUUGGAUCUGUAGUUGAGAGCAAUGGGUUUGGACAUGACUGCCACAAACAGCUAUCAUAUAUUCAGUGUCAGAUCUCACACAUCCUCAGCUGUCUUGUUCCACCAGUAUUUGCCAUGAAAACAAAGAAUGGGAUAAGGGAUGCUCCCCCACCCCACAUCUUGGGUCAGUGUACUGAGAUGAUUUUAGGGACAUUUGUAUUUUAAAUUAAAUUCAUAAUCUAAUGGUAAAUUGGUUACCUAAUUAGUGCCUUUCUCUUUCAUCACUUGUUCUGGAUCAGUUUCAAUCAGUUUAGGGGAAAGAAAAAAGCAAAUGGGGAAACUUUUUAUUCAAA